AAACAACCUUCUGAAACGGCUGUAUCAUUUUCCAAAGGAUUACACCAACCCGAAUAGAAGCCCCAUUAUUCCGGCGCCGCACAUUCGAUCAUGCUGCAGUUCCUGCGUCGCGUCGCGGCUUCUUCGGCCACCCGGAGAGCGUUCACGCAGGAUGUCCAGCCUCUCGGUUUGCCAUACAAGCGUCGUUCAUUGUAUCCGCGCUUCAGCAGCUCUCAAUCGAGCGCUGACAAGCCCCUAGGACUCAAGGACGGCGUCAAGACAGCUUCCGGCUUGUCGCCCACCAUGCAAUUGCUGGUGGUGUACGUGGCUGCAGGGAUGUCGGCUAUGGGCGUCGUCGCGCGCUACAAAAGCCGAGACGCCGAGGAAGACGAGUUGCCGUACCACAGAAUGUUCGCAUUUUCAACAUGGCAAAACGUGCCGUAGUGAAAGACCACCGCGUGUUCGAGACUGUGGGGUAUCCGAAGGAGUUCGAGCGUAUCCAGGAGUUCGACGCCGACGGAUCUCCAGUCGAGCUCAAGAGCAGCGAAGGAAGCUUCAAAGUCACGGGCGACAAAGGGAGCGUAGUGGUGCAUUAUCGACAGAAUGUGCACGUAAACGACGAAAAAGACAGCGACAUCGUCACGUUCGACCAGUUGAGUGUGGACUGUGAGGACGGCACGCAGUUCUCGGCGCUAGAGUCGUUCCUACAGAACCAGGACGUCGUGACACACCAAAAGUCCGAAACAUUAGGCAACAAAAUGUUCUUCCCCGUGAUCGGCGGUGUGUUGAUCGGAGGCGUGGCUUCUUUCUUCGCUAUCCGCAUCCUGCGUAACCGACCGUUCUACGUGCACAAAUUGGUGCUGGACCACGUUAACAACCACGAUAUGGCGCGUCAGUUGCUCGGACACCCUAUCAAGAGCGACAGAUCCAAGUACGUGGGUGUGCUGACGAACGAGGCGGCAAACUACACCAUCGCAUGCAGUGGACCCAAGGGCAACGGCACGAUCAUCGUCAAGGCCUUCAAGAAGGACAAUCCGGACGAGAAAUCUGUGGACAAACCUACCGGAGUCAUGACCACGCCCGGUACGUCCUGGAAGUUUUCCACCCUCGUGUUGUCCGUCAGUCGCAAUGAAAAACGAAAGGCAAAGAACGCCAAGACCAUCAACCUGUUGAGCGGUGGCGACGUGCCGCCACUGUCUUCCAAGCGAACAUAGCGGACGAGUAGAAACAUUUUUAGGCAAUGAUAGGUCCGAAAUAAUAGAAAUAAAAAACUGGCAAAAAUGUUUCAUGUCAGCAACCCAAAAUACUAGGCUGAA